AUGUCAACAAUGAGGAUAGCGAUCGCUGGCACCGGCGGACUAGCGCGUUUGAUUGCGCAUUACGUAGGAGUUGAGACUACGCAUAUGGUGGUUUUUCUGUCGAGAAGUGUACACAAUGAGCUCAGGACAGCUGAUGACUUGCAUCAACAACAGCCACAACUUGCAGCCGCUGGCUACCAGGUAGCCGUCAUCGAUUACGGCGAUAUUGAUACGCUACGAUUCUCCCUUCGAGGAAUCGAUACGAUCAUCUCCACGAUAUCAGGUCCGAACCAGAUCGAGCUCAUCAAAGCAGCCGUUCAAGCUAGCGUGCGUCGAUUCGUACCUUCGGAAUUCGAAGGUCUUCCUCAACUACGCAAUGCAAACGAUCCACUAGAUCGUAGCAGGACCGCUGCCCGUCAAUUGCUCGCUCAUUAUUCGCAACGCAUUCAAUCGACCGCGUUCGUUUGCGGAAUAUUGUACGAAAGAUUCCAACCAGGCGGUCUUGCACAAUCUCGAAUAGGAGCCAAUUCCGGCCUCAGCGCUGAAGGUAGCUACAUUCUGAACUUGCGUACCAUGACAGGACAAGUGCCCGCGUACGAUGCGAACAACAACCCCACCGCCAUGAUCUGCAUGACGGCUGCCCAAGAUGUCGCGCGCUUUGUAACAAAGUCGCUAGAACUACACACCUGGCCGCCUGAGCUACGCAUGUAUGGCCAAAGGGUUCUGGUGAAAGAUUUGGUGCUGCAGAUACAGCGCUUGAAAGGUGCCCCUACCACUCUGCGUACAGAGCUACUUGAGGCCGCCGCUCAGGGCGAUGUACCAAGACAGCUUCGACUGCGCGCAUUGCUUGAUACUGCAGAAGGUCGAUACGAUUUCACCCAGCCAAACCUCAACCAGCAUUUCCGUGACGUACGGCCUCUUGAUUUCGAAAUAUGGCUCACAGCGAAAUGGGGCCUGUAG